AUGAAACAUAAAAUGAAUCACAGGAAGAAAUGUAAAAUGAAAGUUGCGAUUCACAAAGUUAUAAAAAAAAAACGAGAGGGAUUUGACCAGUUCCAACAAACAUCGAACGCAAAACUGAACAGGAAUUUGCCCAAGCCGAAGAGGAGGCCCUAUGAGUACGCCGAUGGGGAAGACGAUGGAAGUAGAAACGGUGAAACUAGAAACGACGGAAAUGGAGACGACGUAAGUAGAAAUGACGGGAAGAGGAGCCAUGGAGGUAGACCUGAUGGGAAGAAUCAGUGCUACGAAUAUCUGAAGAGGAAAUACCUGCGAAUCACCUGUAACGAGGACUUCCAGGGAGGAGGAGCCUACCCGGAGAUCCACGUGAACCAGUACCCAAACAACCUGGGCCUUCCAGAAGGUGCUGGCGGGGGAAAAAGUACCAAAGGAAACGUAGUGCUCAAAUAUCUAGACGAAAAUAACAACGUAAAGUACGACAACCUAAUAAAUGAAGAUAUACACAUAUACAACAGACAAAUAGAAACAAUAGAGCCAAAUGAAAAUAUCCAAAAAUUAAGAAAAAAAAAAAUCUUAUCAGAUCCAAAAGAUAGAGAAGAAAAGUUCAAUGAACUAGCCAUCUGCAAACCAAAUGAAGAGGAAGAAAAUGAAAUCAUAAACAACACAAAAAAAAACAUUGAACAAAUGUUACAUGAAAAGACAAAGAGUAAUUUAGGAAGUAAAAAGGAGGAUAAAUUUUUUCGAUACAUUCCUCAAAAUAAACUUAAUGCAAAUUUAGAUGAAAGAAUUAUCAAAGUGGUUCAUAAAACAGUGGACCCCUUAGACGUGUCUAAAUUUAAACAUAAGAAAUUACCCAACGUGAAGAACUCUCCCGAUUAUCCUUUGUUAAGAUCCCCUACCAGAAAGAUAAACAAAGAAGAGGAAGAAAACUGGAAAAUCCCUCCUUGUGUGUCCAACUGGAAAAACAAUAAAGGAUACAAUAUUCCCUUAGAUAAACGUAUCCAAAGUGAUAAUAAAAAAUUAAACCAAGUAGAGGUUAAUGAAAAUUUUGCACACCUAAGUGAGUACCUCUACGUGGCGGAGAAAAAAGCUAGAGAAGAAAUAAAAAUGAGAAACAGUAUUAUUAAACAAAAAAAAUUAAAAGAAAAAGAAGAAAAGGAAAACGUUUUACGAAACCUAGCUAUACAAGCAAGAAAAGAAAAAGGACUUGCACAAACGCAGAGCAGCUCCAUUAUCAACGAAAGAAAAAGAGAAAUAGAAAGAGAUUAUCGCAUCGAAAAAAAUCUUAAAAAAAUGAAAAAUUAUGAAAAUAGACUUAUUGAAGAGCAACUUGCUCUUAACAAAGUCAAUGUCAGUAAAAACAGCAACAUACACGAUGUUAGCCUUUUCAACAUAAACAACCAAAAUGACGAUGGAAAAAAUCAACUCUCUGCAAAUGAUGAUGACCUGUACCAGAUUUACGAUACUUCUUUGUUUAACUCCAAACAGAGCAAUAAUAUUUACAAAUUUUCCAACGAACGGGUGAAGAAGACGCUGCAAAAGAUGGAGACCACACAGAGUACCGCCGAGCCGGUCAAAUUUAUCAAGGACAUCUCCGACCCCUUCGGCUUGGACAGCCUGCUCUCCCAGGCCAAGAAGAAGUAG